AUGGAACUCCCCCAGAGGAGGAAGAAACCAGUUGGCGUGAGGUUUUAAUCAACGUGAAGACAUGAUCCGACCACUCGUUUCAAUCAUUUUUAUUUUUUCAAUUUCUCAGGUAUUCUGCGCAGGUAAGUACUAGUAAUUUGCUGGUUUCGUCACGUAUUCAAAUGUCAUUGUAAUGAAUUUAAUACACAUUUUUCUUCCUGAAGAUUCAAAAAAAAUCGUAUUUCAGAAGAUUACGAGGACUUGUGCCAUCUAAAAGUCGCUCCGAAUUUGUCAUCAAAAUUGGAAAAAUGUGAGGGAAACAAGUGUGGGGAUGGAUUUGAAUGCCUCAGUGGGACUUGCUGUCCUACAAAAGGUAAGACAGAACUAUGAACAUCAAUAAUAUUUUUUAUUCUAAAAAUUUUUGGGUAACAUAAAAAAAUUUAAAUGCCUAGUCUAAUAUAAGCUCCGGUUUGAUGAAAUAUUUUUGAUCUCGCUGAGUGAAUUAAGCAAAGUUUAUUCUUCGGAUCUUGUUUGAAGAUUAAAUAUGCACAUACAAACACUCUCCCGGGGAGAAUGUUUCAUAAUCUUUCAAAAACUUUAAUCUCCGCCCACUAACAUGAUAAAAUUAAUAAAAAAUAAGUAAAUAAUUGACUAUUUCAGCGCAUAUUUGCUCCCAACCCAUUGAAUCCGGCAAAGAACUGGUCGACUUCACUCAUUCCGGUCGCUUUGGCUUCGACUCCGGCCUCGGGAAUUGCAUAAAAUUCAGUUAUUUCGGCUCGGAAGGGAACUUUAACAACUUUAAACGCUUCCAAGACUGUCACCUCUUGUGUACAUAA